AUGCAUCAAGUCGCUAAAUGACACAAUUACAACCCCGAAGGAGGACAAAUUACUGUUCGAUCUGUCAAAGCUUUGGGUUCUCAACAAUCAUGAAUACACCUUUAUGAACUUAGAACUUGAAAGUCUUUCUCUAAAGUUAUCCUUGUAACAAGGUAUGAGACGGAUGACCACAGAAAUAAAAGUCUGACGUUUUCUUUUCAAGCUGCAGCGCGAAUAAGUUGGGACAGUAAAAUCUUUUCUCUAGACAUUGGGAUUUUCCAAAAAACGAAAGCGUGUCGGAAAUGUUUCGAUGCUAUUAAUAGUUAUUUCUUCUUCCCCAUCGCACCUCAGGUUUUAAAAUGUUUUGACAUUGACGUUGAGUAAAUAUAUAUACAUACACACAUACUGGCAAGUGUGGUUUCAUAAAAGCAUUUAAACUUUCAAAGACGAUCAACAUUUGUUGUUACUUUCUGUUUUUACAUACGAAGCGCCGCGCAGACUAGCUUUGUCAGUCCGCUCCAUUGCGACGUCUCCGCCGAAAGCGCCAAAUCCAAGUUGUUAGAACACCUUCGUAAAGUUUAUUUUUUUGGGCAUGUAAGUUGUUUUGCUACAAAUAAAAGUAAAUGAUUUGAACGUCACCUGUUUAAAAUAAUCAUUUCUUGAUUACUGUGACAAAAUUUAAUACCAAAAUAAGAAUAAGAAUUUUAAUAACAGCGAUCAGCUUUUAUCGUUCAACAUUGCAAUCAGUCCGUACUUACAACCACUUACAAGCAGGUUGCGCUCUUAUCGUUGAACAGCGAUAAUAUUGAAAUGACAUCAGGAACAACGGCUAAGAAUAACACGCUAUGAUAAAAACAUCUUCAACCACUGAACUAUAAGUUAAGGGAAACACAGAUAUAACAGGCAGAAAUGAUUUUGUACUACUAGUCAAUCAGGAUGGAAUAUAAUGAGGACGAAGCAGAACAAAGCAGCGAGGAAGACUGGUUGGAUACAAAAUGGUCCACAGCAGAUAGCUCAGCAUUGUCCUGCUCAGAACCAAAGGACAUGGCUGGUGAACAGAAGUCAAUUGCUGCUUGUGAUACAGAAAAUAGUGCAAGCCUUGGGAGAGAUGGUUCUAACCAGCUUAUGAGUCGCAUGCAGCUGAAUGAUAACAAAGCUGGCAUGGAGGGCCUUGACAAGGUUGUCAUAAACCAGAUCAUCUAUGAGGCCUCCAAAGGAUCAAAGUUUUUUGAGAAUGAAAAGAAAAAAGAGGAACAGGUGCAACACAGAAUCCAAGAGCAGGAAAAAUGCAGACAAAAAAUAACAGAAGCGGAAUUGAAAAGGGGCUUGGAUGAGGCAGACAAGCUGAUAUCCCAACUGAAGGCAAACCUUGAUCUAAGUCAGACCAUUGUGCAUGUUGAUAUGGAUGCUUUCUACGCAGCAGUGGAGAUGAGAGGACCAUCACUCCGUGAUAAACCUAUGGCUGUUGGGGGCAUUGGAAUGCUGUCAACAUCCAACUAUGAGGCUCGCAAAUUUGGAGUGAGGGCAGCAAUGCCAGGGUUCAUAGGUCGCAAGCUGUGCCCUCAAUUGGUUAUCGUUCCUCCCAACUUCUCCAAGUAUACUGCUGUGAGUCGACAAAUCCGGGAAGUAUUUGCAGAGUAUGAUCCUGGGUUCUGCCCCAUUAGCUUGGAUGAAGCAUAUCUUAGUUUCACUGAUCACAUGAAAAAGAGGCUCUUUUACUCGCCUGUGCAAAGGACAUACUUGCGUCGAUGCCAAUCUCCACCAGAUAUUUCUCUGUGUUGCUGUGACUUAAAUUGCACAAUAGGCCAUCUCUGCUAGAAUCAAAAUCCCUUGAAACAGAUGUGCAGAUGGAUGAUAUGCCCUGGCUGUUGUAAAAAGAUUCCAGCAUAUGAGGUUAUCACAUUUGGCACAGAUGUAGAAUCUGCAGUGCAGGAAAUGAGAUGUCGUAUUGAGCAGCGCACUCUUCUUACUGCCAGUGCAGGCAUUGCAUCCAACAUGAUGCUUGCCAAAGUGUGUUCAGAUCAAAACAAACCCAAUGGCCAGUUCUUCUUGCCUCCUGAUUACAAUACUAUCAUGGAGUUUGUCUGUAAGCUUCCAAUAAGAAAGAUCUCUGGCAUUGGUAGGGUAACUGAGCAGCUUCUAAGGGCUCUAGGCAUUACUCAUUGUAGCGACCUGUAUUGUCAACGAGCUCUUCUCUAUCACUUGUAUUCAUCUGUUUCCUUCAACUACUUCAUGAGGAUUGCUUGUGGCAUUGGUUCAGUGCAUGUUGCCAGAGAUGAAGAUCGGAAAAGCAUGAGUACAGAGCAAACUUUCAGAGAACUUAGCCAACCCAAGGAGCUUUACAGCAAGUGUCUGGAGUUGUGUCAGAAUCUUGCUUCUGAUUUGGCAUCUAAGGGCCUCUUGGGGAAAACAGUAUCUUUGAAGCUGAAGACAGUCGAUUUCCAGGUUAGGACUAGAGCGCACACUCUCAGCAGUUAUACCAAUGAUUCUGAGACCAUCUUCAGUGUGGCUAAAAGCAUUCUGCAGACAGAAAUUCAGGCAGAGCUGCCAAAAAUUCUUCGUCUUCGUCUUAUGGGUGUCCGCAUGGCUAAGCUAAUCCUUGAAAGUGAAUGCCCAAGACAUAAACAAGAAACCAUUAUGGGUUUCCUUAACAAGGGACCUUCAGAAAAAAUAAUCAAGGACAAAAAAGACUUAAUUACAUCAUUUUCCUGUGGAGUGUUUCGUCAAGUCGUAAGCAGAUCUCUGGGGAUUUUGAUCAUAAUGCAACCAGUAAUGAACAUCAGGAAAAAGCUUGCACAGAUGAAUUCCCUGGUGGAAAAAAGAGUUACCUCCCCUGGAAUGACCUUACCAUACUCUGGUGCCUCAGAGAUUAAGUCCUUAGAAAAAAAACCAUCUGAAUCUUUUGUCAGAGACGACCUUGAUAAGGAUUCUGGAUGCCAAGAUGGAACCACUGAAGUGACCAAAGUACAAGGUAUUGAUGCAUGUUCUACACAGAUUAACAAAGCAGAGGGCACCAGUUGUCCCAAGAUGCCUGAGCAAGAUAGUACUGUUUUGGAAAUGUGUUCCUUUCACACUCUGCAAUCACAGGUUGAAGAUAGCCCUGUACAUGUUGCUUUAAGAAAGAAAAUGCAUAGUUCUUGUGGUGCUGAAGGAAAUUGUUCUCAUGUUGAUGAUGUGGGAGUUUGCUUGAAUGAAAAAACCACCUUGAAAGCAUCUUCCAUGUCCCAGAAUAUAGAUGGCCAAAUUAGUACACAGUGCUUUAGUACAGCUGAAGGACAUGAACCAUUUGCUAUGAGUUUACUGGCAAAAAGUCCAACAUCAGCUCAGCACAGUCAAGAUACCUAUGUAUUUCCCUCACAGUCUGUUCAUGAACCGAUUCUUUUGUGUCCAGUUUGCUUCAAGCAUGUGAACUGUGUAAAUCUUGUAGACUUCAAUGCUCAUAUUGACAAAUGUCUUCUAGCAGGAACCUCACCCAACUUUUCUCAAAGCAGUGACUGUUCUCAAAAGAAAAAUAAACCCAAAGACUUGUCAAGCCAGAAGCCCAGGAAGCAGGCAACAGAGAAACGAUCAAGCAAAGCGCACAAGCGGCUGACUGAAUUACACACAAGAAGUAAGCCAGAAGCUUUGCUUGAGGAAAGCAGAGCUGGUAGAAGUCAUGAUGUUCUUUCCGAGGGAAAUGGUGGCUUUGACAGCUCAAACAGCACAAGCACUGGUGUCUGCGUACAUGGCGAUGGGUCUUCACUUAGCAAAGAAUUUGUAGAGUACAUGGUGUGUCCUUUGUGUGGGGCUGAACGUUCCGACUGGACAUUGGGGAGCUUCAAUCAGCAUGUGGAUACUUGCCUGAAUAGGGACGCCAUCUCACAGAUCCUCCAGGAACAGAAACACAGCGAUGAACAGCAUAGGAAACGGCCAAUGAAUAGCAAGGACAAUGAGCUAUUUUCCCAAGGAGCAGUUAAAAGAGCCAAGAAGACACCCCCUCCCAAAAAUGGAAAAACAAUAUUAUCAUUCUUCAAAAGUUAAUCAUAUAUGAAGAGAACAAAACCCUACAUUUUCAUUGCUAUUUUAUGCUGCUGUGAUAACCAGUGAUAGAGACCUACAAAAGCAAGCUCUGUUAUGUUAGCCAAGAAUGUGAUGAUGUCUGCAUUUUGGCUUUUGUUUGAAAAUAAAGUUUACUAAUUACCAUG